AUGUUGUGCAGCAAAUGCAGCUCGGCGAUAGUCGAUGACCUCAAUGUCGCUCAAGGCGUAGUCUCGAAACAAAUCUCUCGUUUUCAUACUGUGGCGAGCCUGGAGGCCGAAAUGUCGCAGAUCGAUGCUAUGAUCGAAAACCUUGCCAACAGGCGUACAAUGCUCCGGAGAAGGAUUAACAACAUGUCACCCAUAGGACAACUACCGCCGGAAAUUUUGACCGAGAUAUUUAGGUUGGCGUGCCAUACUUACGAAGACGGAGGCAAAUCUCACCUUCCACUCUUCUUUGGACGUAUCUGUAAAGAAUGGCGAGACAUUGCAUGGUCAACACCACUCCUCUGGAAUAAUUUAUCCUUACGAAUUUCCCGUAAAACAUCCAAAAUUCAAGCCGAAUUACUCAAAGAUUGGCUUCCGAGAGCCCAAACAUCACCUUUACACAUCAAUCUUACAGUCGAUGACGAACAGGAAAUGACUUUUUGUUCUCUCCGGACUAUCAUGGAGGUUUUGGCUACUCGCUCUAGUUAUUGGCGCAAUUUCAGCAGUGUGCUACCAUUGCAAUGUUAUGACGUGCUCGUCGGCAAUUACUUCCCUAUGCUUUCAUCCAUUUCAUUACACCCACCCAAGGGUUCAAUCUCAACGUUCUGUCAUCCCCCAAACAUGCUUCUUUCUGCUCCCAAACUCCGCGAUGUCGAUCUUUCGGGAUUCAACUUUUCCGCAACGGCAUUACCCUGGGAUCAGUUACGACGCUUCAAAACUCAAUUUCUCACUGUUGAAGAAUGUUUGAAGAUCUUGCAGCAAUCUCCAACGCUUAAAGAUUGUCAUCUUGAGAAUGUUUACUCCGCAGAGAUCUUUCCUGCCUCCAUAGCCAACCCUCUUCAGUCUCAUCUCGAGUCGCUCGAUGUCACGCUCAUCAAGCCUGGCGCCGUUUCUCUCCUAGAAAGCGUCACUUUGCCCUUCCUUCGAAAGCUUCGUAUACACUGCGUUGGCCGUCCGGGUUCCUUCAUUCUUCCCGCACUCGCUUCGUUGGUUUUGCGCUCUUCUUGCGCUCUUCAACUUCUCCAGAUAGAGAAACAAGAAUUCCACGAGGAUGACCUGAUAUCUUGCCUUGACGCUAUCCCAUCUUUAUCCCAUCUACGUUUAAUCACCCUGGGAGACGGCGUUAAUCCAUCGACCGGAUUGACCUGCAAAUUGGUCACAAUGCUGCAUCCUUUGUAUCAAGCCGGGCGUCCGCUACUUCCCAACCUCAGCGACCUUUAUUACCACGGCCCGCUUCACUGUGACGAAGGCUCUUUAAUGGCUGUCAUAUCAUCAAGGUGGCGAAGUCGUGGACGGGAGCCAUUCAUCCCGGAGAGCCAACAACCUGACGACAUCGCUCAGCUUAGCACGGUAAAUAUUAUUACACCAAAUCUGUUCCCCGUAUCAACCGAUGUACAGUGCGAAAUGAAGCGACUUUCAAGGGAAGGUAUGCACCUUGAUAUUCGCCCAUCAUCAGUACAGCGCUAG